GUCCCGGACCCCUCUUGCGGACUUUCGUGAUGAUUGACCUACUCCACUAACUGUGGCCCGCGUUCGCGUCCGGUACUUACGCCUAUCUCAUAUGCUAUUCCAACUUCCGAGGGAACAUCACACUUGGUCUAGUCAUGUUCCAGUCGUUCGAUCACUUAAGGCAAGAAUAGGUCAGUAAGCUUGUCUCUUGAUGGAAGGAGAUCAAUAAUCGAUCAAGAAAACACACUUGCCUGUGAAUCGAAAGCACAAGAAAAGGCCAAGUAACAAUGUGGGCAAUCUUCCCGGAGGCUCAUGGCCACUUUUGCUGAGAACAGAGCGACUAGGUUCGAAAAAUCUCUCUACGACCUUAUCAAAGGCCUACGAGCCCAUAAGGGGGCCGAGGAAGACUAUGUACAGGAUAGUCUACGAGAGUGUAAGGCUGAAAUCAAGCUGCAGGACAUGGGUACGUUUAUCACGGAUAGGGCGGUUCUAGUUAGCAACUGACUUCCGUAGAUAAGAAAGCUACCGCGCUGCUAAAAUUGAUAUACUUGGAGAUGUUUGGCUAUGAUAUGUCUUGGGCUUCGUUUCACGUGCUGGAGGUUAUGUCGUCCACAAAGUAUUUGCAGAAAAGAGCUGGCUACUUAGCUGCGGUUCAGAGCUUCAGGCCAGACACAGAAGUACUGAUGCUAGCCACAAACUUGCUGAAGAAGGUUUGGACCAGCAUGACGUUUCUGGCCGACCAUUUUGUCUGACACACCUAUGCUACAGGAUCUAGCAUCUUCAAAUAUCUCGAAUAUGGCGCUGCCUUUGAUCACUCUACCGAACAUAAUUACCCCCUCUCUGGCAAUGUCUUUACUCCCGGACGUGCUAUCGCGCCUUUCGCAUUCCCAUGCUGUUGUUCGCAAAAAGGCGAUUGUGUGUCUUUAUAGACUCGCGUUGGUUUAUCCAGAGGCAUUGAAACUGGCAUGGCCCAAAUUGAUGGAUCGCUUGACGGAUGAAGAAGAAGAAAGUAGUGUUACCACAGCGGUCAUCAAUGUGGUCUGUGAGUUAGGAUGGAGAAGACCCCAUGACUUCCUUCCUCUGGCGCCGCGGUUCUUUGAAUUGCUAGUGGACGGAGGCAAUAAUUGGAUGGCAAUCAAAAUAAUCAAACUGUUUGCGACUCUAACCCCCUUGGAGCCACGCCUGAUACGUAAGCUCAUCCGCCCGUUAAUAAGUAUCAUUCAGACGACAACUGCCAUGUCGCUACUUUACGAAUGCAUCAAUGGGAUCAUACAGGGGGGUAUUCUGGAAGACGACAGUGGACUCGAUGGAAGAGAAGAAAUUGCCGGACUUUGCGUUGGCAAGCUCAGAGGCAUGAUAGUUACAGAUUCUGAUCCGAAUUGUAAGUUACCUGGAUGUGGUAUCUAACGACGCUGACAAGAUUGUUGAAAGUGAAAUAUGUUGCACUUCUUGCUUAUAAUCGAAUUGUGGGCUCAUACCCUGAUCUGGUAUCGACACAUCAAGAUGUCAUCAUGGAUUGCCUAGACGACCCAGAUAUUUCAAUAAGGCUACAGGCUCUUGAGCUUGCCGCCCGAAUGGUCAGGAGCGAUUGCCUACAGUCGGUAGUAACCCGACUCAUUGAUCAACUUGUUGAUGCACGCCAAACCACCGAAAGUGUGCCUUCGAACAUUGGGCCAAUGGAAGGUCUAGGCCUAGAUAGCCCAAGCUCCCGGAAGGCGCCGUUUAUCUUACCUCUCGAAUACAGAGUCGAAGUCUUACAUCGGGUUCUCGACAUAUGCUCUCACAAUAAUUAUGCCGAGUUAUCGGACUUCGAGUGGUAUGUGGAGGUGCUAGUAAAACUAGUCGAGCUGGCUCCUCCGCUCAAUCAUGGUCACUUACUGGGGCACGGGACUUACAAGGAGGCUACCAAUGAUAUUGGGGAAAGCGUCGCUUCUCGAAUUGGGUCCGAGAUGCGCAAUGUAGCCGUUCGGGUUAGAGAUGUUCGUGCGGACGCCACCAGAGCUGCAGAAUCUUUACUCCUGGCUGACAAUAUGAACAACAUGUGCUCGGGGCUGUCUGAUGCGGCCGGUGGCAUUUUAGGGCCUUUUAUUUGGGUAAUCGGUGAAUUUGCAGAGUGCCUUGCCUCACCCCAACAGACUUUAUUAACAUUGAUUGAUAUUUCCACUGCCCUGCAGCCGUCUAGGACCCUUUGUCUUGUCGUACAGGCUCUUCCAAAAAUCCUCGUGGCCAUAAUUCAGGCCAAUUGUGGAAGCUGGGAUGCCAGGAACCAGGGCGAAGUUUCCCUCUUACUGGCUAGAAUCCUGACUUUUCUGGAGACUUUGGCAGCUCAUCCGGACUUAGACGUCCAGGAAAGAGCUAUUGAAUUUCUGGAGGUGAUGCGCCUAGCAGCAGAUGCAAUACGUUCAGAUUGCUAUGGACCGGGCGGGAUACCGUUUUUACUAUCCUCCAUGAUUCCAGGCUUAUUUGACGGUCUUGAGCUGAACCCAGUUGCUGCCAAUGCUCAGAAAAAAGUGCCCCAACCAGAGCACUUGUUGAUGGACCGGCCAUUCAACAACAACCUUCACGUCAUUUUUGACCGUCGUGCAGAUCACUGUUCUGAAUUGGGUGCACCUUUGGCUUUUCAGGAUUUCUAUUACUUGAAUGACUCGGCGAUGCCAAACAAACAACCAGACGAGCUCAACUUCUUAACCUCGCAAUUCAAUGCUUCUUAUCAGGACCCUAACAGUCCAGGAGGGGGGCCAGUCAGUGUGGCAAAGCGAAGAAUGGGGCGCAGAGAGGGAAACAUUGAUGAUCCGUUCUAUAUCGCGACAGAAGAUGAGAUCUCCAGUACCUCUACACCAUUCCACCAAGCCUUUGUCGCAUCUGGGGGCGCUGAUUUGGACAUUGAUGCAAUCCCUAUAAUUGAUCUGAAGCUAAAUGGAGAGGGGGCGCGUGCCACAGGUUUGACUGCCCGCAAUUAUCGGGGGAAAACCGAACUAGAGGGUAAAAAAUAUAAUAUCGCGUCCGAUGAAACGAUUGGACAAGAUGACCCCUUGCCUGCCGAGAAUCUUGAUGGAGCAAGCAAAACCAAGAGAUCACUUCUUCAGGUUGACUCCAGUGGCCUGGGGCGUCUUCCUGAAAAAGUGGGCGGUGCACAUUCAAACAGCCGGCCACCUCCUGGAGCGAGCGCGCACGAUGCAGAGAUGUCAAUAGCUAUGCAGCGAGUUGAGAAAUUACGGCUCGAGAUGCAGAGGGCUUCCGAGCGAGUUCACACAGAUGAAUUUCCUGUAGAAGGAACAUUGGUCAAGAAGAAGAAAAGAGUGAAAAGACCAAUUUCUAGUGGACUCGCGGGGACUGCUAGCCUACCACAUGGAGAUGGUCUAGUUGGGGGUCUCGAUGCGAACAGUGUGCAUUCACCAAAGGUUAAAAAGAAGGUGAAGAGCCGGUCAAAAACACAUCAGCCCAAUUAGAAGAAUUUGAGACAGCUUCCGCUGGAUAUGGCAAUUAGCAUUAGCCUUAUUUAGAAAAUUAUCCGUUAAGCACUGUUUAGAGAUUUGCGAGCAAUUGUGAAUUGGAAAGAGCUGAUUAUGAUGACGAUGAUUU